CCUCUACGUCUCCAGCUCACCUUUAUUCUCCAUCUCUCCAUCUGGGAUUUUAUUUUUCUCAUUCAGGUUCGUCUUGAUCUCGACGUGGUUGACGCUGGACGUCUAAGCUGACCGCCGUGUUUUUCUCUUGCAAUUAGCACUACCAUCAUUCAUCAUGAGAGGCGAGAUCUGCCACAUCCACAUCGGUCAGGCCGGUAUCCAGCUGGGUAACAGCGCUUGGGAGCUGUACCUGCUGGAACAUGGAUUGAAGGCUGAUGGUCGCCUGGACCCUGACGCGGGCGACAUUGGUGAAACUGGCUCCUACGAGACCUUCUUCACCGAGACUAGCAACGGCAAAUAUGUGCCUCGCUCUAUCUUCGUCGACCUCGACCCUUCGCCUGUCGAUGAGAUUCGCACUGGAGAGUACCGCCAGCUCUUCCACCCAGAGAUGCUGAUCAACGGCAAGGAGGAUGCUGCCAACAACUAUGCUCGUGGUCACUACACCAUCGGAAAGGAGCUGGCUGAUGGUGUUAUUGACCGUAUUCGCCGUAUGGCCGACAACUGCACCUCGCUGCAGGGCUUCCUGAUCUUCCACUCCUUCGGUGGUGGUACCGGUUCCGGUUUUGGUGCGCUCCUGCUGGAGCGUCUUGCCACGGACUACGGCAAGAAGUGCAAGCUCGAGUUUGCUGUGUACCCUGCCCCCCAGGUGUCUACGGCCGUUGUCGAGCCCUACAAUGCAGUCCUGUCCACCCACAGCACCAUCGAGAACUCUGACUGUACCUUCCUGGUCGACAAUGAGGCUGUUUACGACAUCUGCCGUCGUAACCUUGACAUCCCCCGUCCCAGCUACGAGCACCUGAACCGCCUCAUCGCUCAGGUCGUCAGCUCCAUCACUUCCAGUCUGCGCUUCGACGGUGCCCUGAACGUCGACCUCAACGAGUUCCAGACCAACCUGGUCCCGUACCCUCGUAUCCACUACCCUCUGAUCUCUUACGCUCCUGUUGUCUCCAGCAACAAGAGCUCCCACGAGAGCUUCAAGGUCUCCGACUUGACCUUCCAGUGCUUCGAGCCUAACAACCAGAUGGUUGUCUGCGACCCCCGCAACGGCAAGUACAUGGCCGUGGCUCUGCUGUACCGUGGUGACGUUGUCACCCGUGACUGCACCGCGGCCAUUGCCUCCGUCAAGGCCAGGGCGUCCUUCAACCUGGUUGAGUGGUGCCCGACUGGUUUCAAGAUCGGUAUUAACUACCAGAAGCCCAUGCGUGUCCCCGACAGUGAGCUGGCGCCUGUCGACCGCUCCGUCAGCAUGCUGUCCAACACGACCGCCAUUUCCGAGGCCUGGAACCGUCUCGACCACAAGUUCGACCUCAUGUACUCCAAGCGUGCCUUCGUCCACUGGUACGUCGGUGAGGGUAUGGAGGAAGGUGAGUUCUCGGAGGCCCGCGAGGAUCUGGCCGCCCUCGAGAAGGACUACGAGGAGGUCGCGAGCGACAACCUCGGUCCCGAGGAAGACGAGGAGGGUGUCGAAUACUAAUCGGAGUGAUGAUGAUUGCGUAAUUUUGAAGAAUAUUUCUGGCCAUUCGCUGUUCCCAUAUUCCCCCCCAAAUGGCUUGGUGUGUCUUAUACUUCCUGUGAAUGGAACCAUACCCUUGUGUGUUUGGACAUCAUCUUUCCUCUCCUUCGGGACCAGUCGAGAAAGACAGCCCUUUAUUGUUUCUGCUUUUGCGGUUCCAGCUCCUUCUAUUCGAGACUUUUUCUUUCUAACCUUUCUGGGCAUGUGUGACAUCGAGUUGCAUGUAGCUGUAAGAACAAAGAAAUUGA